AUGAUGCUGCUUGUUUUUCUCGCGCUGGUCGCAUGGUCGGCUGCGAGCGUGGCCUUCGACGUGCGUGAGGAUGUCAUGCGCACCACCUACGACUAUGCUCCAUUGAAUACUUCUUAUUUGAGAUCGAAUAUGGAUAUGAAACUGAGUAAUUUUGACGACAAACUUGAAGAAAGAACAAAGGAUAUUGGCGACAUCUUGAAGAGCUUUGAACCAGAUAUGUUCGUAAAUCUUGAAAAAUUCGAUAAGCGUGACAGGCUUUCGUUAUUUAAUAAAGUCAAGGUAGGGGUUCUUAAAUUUCCCACCCGGUUUACCAGCAAACAUUUAUUCCAUUUGCGGACAUUAGUGGCGAAAUUGUACGAGACUUCACCACAUGUGGUAGAUAAUGCGAUAUUCAAGGUAUUGGAACAUAAGUUGGAGACUGAACAUGCUCUCGCCAGUGCUCUGGUAAUGAAUAAGGAUGGUAAAAGUAAGGAUCAGAUUGUUAAAAAAAUGCUAGAUUAUCAAGUCGAUCAGUGGGUAAACGCCGAGAAAGAUGAGGAAGAAGUAUUCGAGCUUUUGGGACUCAAGGAUAAAAAUAAAAAUGUUUUCAUAAACCCAGUCUUUUUCCAGUGGAUCGCUUUCGUAAAGGCUAAGUACCCAGCAAAAGAAAUUGAGAAGGAUGACCAGAGUAUCAUAACUGAACGAGCUAAGAAGAUGUUUGACGUCUUGGCAAAACUUUACGAGGGCGAUCUGACCAAGGUUCUGGUUGUUGGAGCACAAUCAAAUUUACUUGAAGCGAAAAACCUCGCCAUACGUCUGCUGGACUUUCAGGUCGAAGAGUGGGACCGCGACAAAAUAGCUGACAGAAAGUUUUUUGACCUUUUGCAGCUCCACAAGGAGAAUGGGAACCCUUUGGAAAGCCCAGUUUUUUUCAAGUGGGCCCAAUUUAUCGAGGAACGAUACAGUACCAAGAAGAAGAAAUAUGAUGCGAUGCUUGACAAACUAUUAUCUCAUUUUAAGAGUAAGGAUGCUCUCAUGGGUGCUCUAGAUGACGCAAUUAAGAAGAAGAAGAAGGAGAAGGGAAAGGGUGCUCUAGAUGAUGCAAACGAAGGGGGCAAGAGCGAAAGUGCUUCGGUGGGUGCUCUAGAUGGCGCAAAUGAAGGGGGCGAGAGCGAAAGUGCUUUGGUGGGCGCUCUAGAUGGCGCAAGUGAAGGAAGGAAGAGAAAAGAUGCUCUGGUGGGUGCUAUAGAUGGCGCAAACAAGGGAAGGAGAUCCAUUUUUUUGGUGCUGCAAGAAACUUUGAAAAAAAAAUCGCUGAAAUCUUUAAAACCACAUAAUUUGGACUUGGAAGAGCGUCCACCAGCACCAGCAUUAGCAUUACCACCAGCAGCAGCACCAUUAGACGCCCCAUUGGAAGCUUCACCAGAAGCCCUACCAGAAGCUCUACCAGAAGCCCCAUUGGAAGCACGACCAGAAGCUCUAGCAGAAGAAGAAGCCUUACCAGAAGCCCCACUAAAAGCAUCAUCAGAAGUACCGUCAGAAGCACGAUUAGAAGCACGACCAAAAGCACUAGCAGAAGCAGAAGCGCGACCAGAAGCACCAUUGAGCAAGCUACCGGUGGAAAGUUUCACCUUGAACGAGCUACCGAGUGAAAGUUUGGACUCGAACGAGCUACCAGCUGAAAGUCUCGAUUCGUUAGAGCUUCCACCGAAGAAACGGAAGAUAAUUCACGACAUGAGCGAGCUACCGGCGAAACAGCAGAAAGGUUUGGACUCGAACGAGCUACCAGCUGAAAGUCUCGAUUCGUUAGAGCUUCCACCGAAGAAACGGAAGAUAACUCACGACAUGAGCGAGCUACCGGCGAAACAGCAGAAAGGUUUGGACUUGAACGAGCUACCAGCUGAAAGUAACACCUUAAACGAGCUACCGACUGAAAGUUUGGACUUGAACGAGCUACCAGCUGAAAGUUUCGACUCGGUAGAGCGUCUUUUGGCGAAACGGCAGAAAGGUUUGGACUCGAGCGAGCUACCAGCUGAAGGUAACACCUUAAAUGAGCUACCGACUGAAAGUUUGGACUUGAACGAACUACCAGCUGAAAGUUUCGACUCGGUAAAGCGUCCUUUGGCGAAACGGCAGAAUGGUUUGGACUCGAGCGAGCUACCAGCUGAAGGUAACACCUUAAACGAGCUACCGACUGAAAGUUUGGACUUGAACGAGCUACCAGCUGAAAGUUUCGACUCGGUAGAGCGUCCUUUGGCGAAACGGCAGAAUGGUUUGGACUCGAGCGAGCUACCCCCUCCGCCUGAAGGUUUCGAGGCUAUACCGGAGUCAACUUGA